CACUUCUUAUACCAGUAUUCUCUCCAGUUUUUCUUGGACAUCUAUCAUAAUGUCUUGUAUGAGAACCCAAAUUUGAAGGGAAUUACAGACCAUACCCAGCGUCUCUCAAUCAUCACAAAAGACCUCUUCCAGGUGGCUUUCAAUAGAGUAGCUCGUGGCAUGUUACAUCAGGAUCACAUAACCUUUGCUAUGCUGUUGGCCAGAAUUAAACUUAAAGGCACAAUUGGGGAGCCUACAUAUGAUGCAGAAUUCCAACAUUUCUUAAGAGGAAAAGAAAUUGUACUCAGCACAGCAUCUCUCCCAAAGAUCAGUGGACUUACAACAGAACAAAUGGAAGCUAUGAUGAGAUUGAGCUGCCUUCCUGAGUUUAAGGACCUGGUUUCUAAGGUUCAAGCUGAUGAGCAAUUCUGUAUCUGGUUGGAGAGCAGUUCACCAGAGCAGACUGUGCCAUACAUUUGGUCUGAAGAAAAACCUGCAACACCUAUUGGGCAGGCCAUUCAUCGUUUACUCUUGAUCCAGGCAUUCCGUCCAGAUCGUCUGCUAGCCAUGGCACAUGCCUUUGUUUCAGCAAACCUUGGCAAAUCCUUUAUGUCUAUUAUGGAGCAGCCAUUAGAUCUGACACACAUUGUAAAUACUGAGGUGAAACCUAAUACUCCUGUACUGAUGUGUUCUGUACCUGGCUAUGAUGCCAGUGACCAUGUUGAAGAUCUUGCCACUGAACAAAACACACAGAUUACCUCUAUUGCUAUAGGCUCUGCUGAAGGAUUUAAUCAAGCAGAUAAGGCAAUAAACACAGCAGUGAAAUCUGGCAGGUGGGUGAUGCUAAAGAAUGUCCAUCUGGCUCCUGGUUGGUUGAUGCAGCUAGAGAAGAAGCUGCAUUCUUUACAACCUCAUGCUUGCUUCAGACUUUUCCUUACAAUGGAGAUAAAUCCCAAGGUGCCGGUGAAUUUGCUGCGUGCUGGUCGGAUCUUUGUGUUUGAACCUCCACCUGGUGUAAAGGCGAACAUGCUGAGGACAUUCAGUAGUAUUCCUGUUUCUAGAAUAUGCAAGUCUCCAAACGAACGUGCUCGUUUAUAUUUCCUCCUUGCCUGGUUCCAUGCCAUCAUUCAAGAACGUUUGCGAUAUGCUCCCCUGGGCUGGUCCAAGAAAUAUGAAUUUGGUGAAUCUGAUCUGAGAUCUGCCUGUGACACAAUAGAUACAUGGCUGGAUGAUGCAGCAAAGGGCCGCCAAAACAUUUCACCUGAUAAGAUCCCAUGGUCUGCUCUGAAGACAUUGAUGGCACAGUCCAUUUAUGGAGGUCGCAUUGAUAAUGAAUUUGAUCAGCGUCUGCUAAACACUUUCCUGGAGCGUUUGUUUACCACUUUGAGCUUUGAUAGUGAAUUCAAACUGGCUUGCAAGGUUGAUGGACAUAAGGAUAUUCAAAUACCAGAUGGAAUCAGACAUGAAGAAUUUGUCCAAUGGGUUGAGUUGCUGCCAGAUACACAAACCCCAUCCUGGCUUGGUUUACCAAACAAUGCAGAAAGAGUUCUUCUCACCACACAGGGUAAAACUUGUAUUUGAC